AUGGCGGACAUCGUGACGGAGCUGCAAGAGAGCGUCGAUAGGCUUAACGAAGCGUUCUACAACAGCGUGGGGGUGCUCCAGAGAGACGCGAAACCCGCGUCCGUCGUCGAGGGCGCGGACCCGAGCGAGGGCGUGGACGAGGCGCAGGUGCGCGAGAUGGCGCGAUCGGUAAUGGACGAGAGCAGGAAGAUCGACGAGCUCGCGUCCGCGCUCCCGCCGGUGGACUUGGACGCGGACGCGCAGCUCGCGAGGAUCGCGAAGCUCGCAGAGGAGGACCACGCCCUGGGCGAGGAGCUCAGAGCGGAGCUGACGCGCGCGAAAAAGACGCUGACGAAGGUCACCGCAGCGUUCGAAGCCGUCACGGACGACAUCCUUCUCACGCGCGAGGAGACGACGGGGGGGGAUGAAGAUACGUAG